UCUGUCGUCAAUACUCGCGGGCGCUGCUGCCCACCAUUCAUUUACAUUUUUCAGGGCGUUUCGUUGGUUGAUCAACCAUGGACAAGAGCAUGUUAGGAGACCUGGACAACCUUCCAGAGGAAGAUAAGCUCAAAAUGGCUGCCAUGAUCGAUCAGCUCCAAAUCCGAGACAGUCUAAGAAUGUACAAUUCACUGGUGGAGAGAUGCUUUAAUGAUUGUGUCGACACCUUCAAGCAUAAAUCCCUGCAGAAGCAAGAGGAAAGCUGUGUUCGAAGAUGUGCUGAGAAGUUUCUGAAGCACUCCAUGCGUGUUGGCAUGAGGUUUGCAGAGCUCAAUCAAGGAGCAGCUACACAAGAUUGAGAACUGUAAUUAAGCUACGAUCUUAUCAGACAUGGAUCACAGGCCCCUUUGAAUUUACAAAAGUUAGAAACUCGGCCUUGCCUGUGAUUUGCUCUUUUAUAAACCGUCUUUUUUUCCC